AUGGCUAUUGGUCACCGAAUAACAGCGCCCUACUCCGCCGCGCACUUCGACCCCACGCGAUUUGUGACGUCCUGGGCCCUGCCUCCCAGCCUUCUGUUUGGCUACCGCGUACUCCUGGCCCUGUAUGCAUUUACGACCUUGUUUACCAUCUUUGGCUGGAACGCUACGCACGGCAGAUCUGAGGAAUCCCGGUCUUCCUUUUCCUUUUUCACCGUCUUGACGUAUUGGGGUCUUGCUUUCUAUUAUGCCUUCUCUGCAGUGCACACGGCUAGCUAUUGGCUCACGGGCACGUCGUUCCUGGCGCGUUGGCCCAAGCCGCUGCAGGUCGCCCACAGCAUGUUCUACUCCACCAUUGUCGUCUAUCCAUGGAUCGUAACCAUUGUUUUCUGGGCUCUCCUUGCGGCUGAUUUUCCCACCACGUUCUCCAUCUGGUCCAAUACGUCACAGCACGCUCUCAAUUCGCUCUACGCAUUUUGCGAAAUCCUCUUCCCCAGUACCACGAGAUUGCCCUGGCUGGACCUGGUGCCCGUUGUUCUCCUCUUGGCUUGUUACCUUGGCUUGGCCUACCUUACCCACGCCACUCAAGGCUUUUACGUAUACCCCUUUCUUAACCUCCAGAAGAAUUCCUCGGGUGUUGUUGCUGGCUACAUCAUGGGCAUUCUUGUGGCGGCUAUUGUCAUCUUCAUCAUUGUGCGGUACCUUAUCGCCCUACGCCUCUGGGUCACUGAGACAAAGCUUGGAAUGAGAGGCAAGGUCUCCCCACGCGCCACAACUAGAGCGGCAAAUGGAGACAUCCCACUAUACGACACUGUUGCAAAAUAA